GUAGUUUAAAAGGCAUAUAUAAAUAUCCGGGAAGACCAAACGCACGUUCUCUUUCCUUUGCCAGCCUGACACAGACAGGCGUCAAUAAGUCGCCAUGCCGGUUGCCAGGAGUUGGGUUUGUAGUAAAACAUACGUCACUCCCAGACGUCCCUUUGAGAAGUCACGACUCGACCAGGAGUUGAAACUCAUUGGCGAGUAUGGCCUCAGGAAUAAGAGAGAAGUCUGGCGGGUGAAGUUCACUCUGGCCAAAAUCCGCAAGGCUGCCAGAGAGCUUCUCACUCUGGAUGAGAAGGAUCCUAAGCGUCUCUUUGAGGGUAACGCUUUGCUCAGGCGUCUGGUGCGCAUUGGUGUGCUGGAUGAGGGCAAGAUGAAGCUCGAUUACAUUCUGGGCUUGAAAGUGGAGGACUUCUUGGAGAGGAGGCUGCAGACUCAGGUCUUCAAGCUUGGCCUGGCCAAAAGCAUCCACCAUGCUCGUGUGCUCAUCCGUCAGAGGCACAUCCGGGUGCGUAAGCAGGUUGUGAACAUCCCCUCCUUUGUGGUGAGGCUGGACAGCCAGAAGCACAUCGACUUCUCUCUCCGCUCUCCGUAUGGUGGUGGCCGCCCUGGCCGUGUAAAGAGAAAGAAUGCCAAGAAGGCCCAGGGUGGUGGUGGAGGCGGUGAUGAUGAAGAGGAGGAUUAAACUCAUUCCUAUCAGGGGGGUGGAGGGACUCGGCAGUGCUUGCUUUUUCUCUGCUCCCUCAAGUUUUCAAUAAAAAUGGUUUCUUCCAAAUUA